AUGGUCGGCAUCCAACAAUUACCACAACCUACCCACCAACAACAAAUCCAACAACAGUUUGUACAGCAACAGCAGCAGCAGCAACAACAGCAACAGCAGCAACAACAAAUGGAUCAGAUGGAUCCUAUCAGCAAGGUUCGACUGAUGCUACCACAGCUGAAGGAAUCUUUGAACAGAUUGUACAGCGAGUCAUCGACCAUGCUGAACAGUAACUUUCAAGAUGGAUUCGAGUUGGUGAAACCGGUGGACCCUUCAGCUUCUAACCGAAUAGAAAAGUCACUAGAAAAGUUCCACAGCGUUUGUGACGCCAUGGAAGUCAAUCUCAAGCUGUCAAUGGAAGUGCUGGUCCACUACACAGAAUCGCGCAGGUACGUGGCGCGCAACGUGGCUGACAUGACGGCAGGUAGCACGCAGGCAGCGGACGCGCUGACCUACCAGCAGUACGCCAGCGUCGUCAAGUCGCAAGCCGAAUACGCUAAAGAGAUAAAAGAUUUAAUUAACGCUUGUGCAAAAAAAGUUAACAAACAUCUAUCAGUUACUCACGAAUGA